AUGGCCACCGCUGCGCACAUCAUGUCCAGUCUGGAUGUGCCAGCACCCGACGACAUGGACAUGCAUUCUGACGGCGGUAUUGACUUUGGCGAUGGCGAUGGCGACAUCGAGUUGGACUUGGAGUCUGCGCCCGUGUCUCACAAAGCAGACGAUGAUGUGUCCAUUAUCGAUGCAGCAUCAGAUGCUGGAAAUAAUGGUCAGCCUGAUUUUGAAGAGCAAGAUGAUUUCAUGGUUGACCCUGAAGAUGUCAUCGAAGAAGAUGACAUGUACGCCGACAACAAUGACCCAGUCAUAGUAGAACAAGCCUCCGCCGAUCCUGCCGCUGUUUCGCAAGCGCCCGAGCCGGCACCUCAGGAUGAGGACCUCAUCGACUACUCUGAUGAUGAGGGCGAGCAGCCGACAUACGCGUCCAUGGAGAGUCACGAGGAGGACAUGGCCGAGAUACCCGAAGAGCAGGUCGGAGCACAAAUCGAAGAGCAAAUCGAAGAGCAAGUCGAAGAGCAAGCCGAAGAGCAUGUCGAAGAGCAUGUCGUAGAGCAACCCGAAGACCCCGUGCGUGAAGGAGAUCAACCACAGGUCUCGGAAACUGCAACUGGCGAGCAUGUUGAGCAGACCGAACAACCCAGUCAAAGGGAAGACGAGGAAUACAACACCAAUGCUGACGAAACCAAUGAUCAGCCUCAUUCCCCCGAUCAACCUCAUGAAGAGUCGACAGCUCAUGGAGACGCCAACAGUACAGAUGCCGUUCUCCUUCAAGAAGAUCACAGCCCCACUAAGAACGCCCAAGGCGAGUACGAUCAGACUGAAGAACAGACAUACUACGAUGAGACAACGGAGCAGUUUUUCAAUGAAGAUGAAGAUGAGCAUGAGCAUGUAAAUGAAGACGGCAAACAUGAUGAGCAUGACGAGCAUCAAGACCGCUAUGAGGACAAGUCAUCCGAAGUAAGGUCAAUCACUGUAAACUAUGCUGGUAAUGAGCUGUGGUUGUUUAAACAGCACGACCCGGAUGACAGUGGUGACUGGCUCUUGGACGACAUCUCUCUCACAAGGUCUAGAAUUUCCGACGUUUUCCAAGCCUGUCGCGCUUCCUUAGGAGAUGAUGUCUCAACCGAGCACGAGAUUGGCUUCCGCUUUGAUCACCUACAUAACUUGGAACUUUAUGAAGACAACACUGCCUGUGUAGCUGUCUCUUUGGAUAAAUUAGUCGAUUUGUACCACACACUACAAGCGCAAGAUGGUAAUAACGCCCCAGAGUCAUUCUAUAUCUCAUUACUGUUUCGACCACGCUUCGCCACGUUGCUUUCCGACAUUGCAAAAUUCGCUGAUCAGGGUCUUGGAUACUCUGCACUAAACGCUGCCGUCGCCGCUGGUGAAACACAUUUUACAAACGUGUUUUCUGAAUCUCCAACCGAAGAAGUGUCUGACUGGUAUAAUGAAGAGCAAAACGAUGCUGCUACCGAGGGUCAAGAGGACUCAGCGCAGAGUGAAUUUCAACAAGAGGAAGAUCAGACUGAAUGUGCAAGUCAGCGACUCGACGCAGGUCAUGAGCACGAUGAUCGUCAGCAGUAUGACCACGAAGAACACAACAGCGUUGAAGAGAUUCCCUAUGAAAAUCAGAGACGCGCAGAGUAUGAGCAUGAGGACCCGCUAGUCUCUGCUGCCGAUGACAGUGCUGAUGCUAGCUUUGCGCCUGAUGAACAGCAGGAAUUAUCAUAUCCACAGGAUGACGAGUUCGUGAAGAACACGACUGAGUCAGUAUCCGAGGCAGAGGCACGGCGCGCGCAAGAGCAAGACGAUCUUGUUGAUUAUAGUGAUGAUGACGAACAAACUCCUGCCGAGACGACCGAAAAUGCAUCUGUGAAAGCGUCUUCUCCAUCCUCCUCUACUGUCCAGGGUGAAGAGACUGCCAAUGAUGCAGACAAUACUCACCCUGCAAGCUCAUCGAAUGCGGACGUUCAGGAGUCGGAGCCACAAGAGACUAAAGAUGUUGACCAUAGUUUUGAACAGCAUGCGUUGGAAAGCAAUGAUGCUGCCACUCAGUCGUUCCAGGACUAUGUAUAUCAAGACUACGAAGCGGACGUGGCUGAAGGAGAGGACAGCUUUUGUCAGGCCAAUCAACACGGCAAUAACACUAACGAAGACCUUGCCGAACAUGACUAUGAAACAACCGACGAGCAACUGCAGCUCAACAUGAACAAUGAGAGUGAGCUAUACAAGGACGAAGACUUUGCCGACGAAGACUACAGCGAGUCGGGCGCUUUUCUGAAUGACGAUAAUGCAGCCGAAUGGGUCACAGCGCAGGAGCCUGAGACAAGCCUGCCGGAGAAGUCGGUGCUCGUUUACGAUGAUGUCAACUAUGUUGAUGACAAGGAGGUCGGUGUGGCUGAAGACGUGGCCGCGGUGACUUCGGAUGCAACCGCUGCAGUCUCGUCAAGUGAAGCCAAGAACUUGUCAUCACAAGGACGAAAGAGGUCCAUUGACGAGGCUGGACACGGGGCUGACGAUGCACUCGAACCUAUAGACACUAAGCGGCCCAAAGUUUGA